AUGAAUGACGCUGACCUGCAGAGCAGAUCCUUUGUCCGGGCCUCCCAAUAUGACGGCAGCGGGCCUCAGAAGCUGUUUUCAGGUGACUUGUUCGAGAUUGCAGCUUUCCAUCAGAUCCACUGUUUGGCAUCAAUCCUGGAGGACUUUGGUCUCUUGGCUGCCGGAGUUCCCAAGGAGGAGCUACCUGGUUAUCAUAGCGGAGUCACACUAACGUGGGAGGAGCACAAGGCGCACUGCUUCAACUACGUCCGACAGGCUCUAAUGUGCUUUGCUGACUCCACUGCCGAAGGCCAUAUUGAGGGUGACACGCACCGGGUAGCUGAUCAUGGGGUAAUGCAUGUUUGCAAUGAUUUUGAUGCCCUACUGGCGUGGUCAAAGGAACCCGAGCGAGCAUUGCCCAAGAGUUGGCGAGUGACAGAUUAA